GAUGCAUUCAGCUAAUCUAGUUAAGGAAGAUUUUAAAGAAGAGAAUAACUAAGGCAAAAAGGGAGGCGGGGCACAGUCCAAGGAAGGUGGUAGGGCAAACGGUUGGAAUGAAAACUGGUGUGGUCUUUAACUGAAAUUUGCAUAAAACGGAACCCUCCAGGUGACUACAACUUCACCCAUUUAUUGGUAGCCCCUGUGCGCCACCGCUCCUCGCCUCCGAGCAGAGCAUGCCGGGAGAUGUAGUUCCGAGUUCGGUUGCUAUGGCGGUCUCGACAGCUCUGAGAGUCCGGGAGUGACGAGCGGCCUGGCCAAUGGGAGUAGGGCCUGGGCCGGCGGGGGCGGGCUCUCUGCAGAAGGACUCGAAGGUGGCAGCGGCGAAGGGGCAGGCCGUUACAGCCUCUCGGAAGCAGGUGACUAUGAAAGGCUUAUAUUUUCAACGGAGUUCUACAAAUGAAAAAAUAACAUUUGUAUUUCAAGAACGGGAAACUCUUCCUGUUGCAGAGGAUAACUAUGUGAAACUUCAGGUUAAAGCUUGUGCUCUGAGCCGCAUAAAUACAAAGCUUCUGGCAGAGAUGAAGAUGGAGAAGGAUUUCUUUCCCGUUGGGAGAGAAAUUGCUGGAAUUGUGUUAGAUGUUGGAAGUAAGGUAUCAUUUUUUCAACCUGAUGAUGAAGUAGUCGGGAUCCUACCCCUGGAUUCGGAAGACCCUGGACUCUGUGAGGCUGUGCGGGUGCACGAGCACUACUUGGUUCACAAGCCAGAAAAAGUGUCGUGGACAGAAGCCGCUGGGACCGUUGGGGACGGGGUGCGAGCCUACACCGCUCUGCACUACCUUUCGCGGCUCUCCCCCGGGAAGUGGGUGCUGAUCAUGGACGGAGCCAGCGCGCUCGGGACAAUAGCUAUUCAGUUGGCGCAUCACAGAGGAGCCAAAGUGAUUUCCACAGCGUGCAGCCCGGAAGACAGGCAGUACCUGGAAGGACUCAGGCCUGCUCUCGCCCGAGUGAUCGACGUGUCCGGCGGGAAAGCCCAUGUUGCUGAAAGCUGUUUAGAAGAAACAGGUGGCCUGGGAGUCGACAUUGUCCUGGACGCGGGAGUGAGAUUAUAUAGUGAAGAUGAUGAACCGGCUGCAGAAUUACAACUACUACCACAUAAGCAUGAUAUCCUCACACUUCUGGGUGUCGGAGGCCAUUGGGUGACGACAGAAGAAAACCUGCAGCUGGAUCCUCCAGAUAGCCACUGCCUCUUCCUCAAGGGAGCAACGGUGGCUUUCCUUAACGACGAAGUUUGGAAUUUGUCAAAUGUACAACAAGGAAAAUAUCUUUGUGUCUUAAAAGAUGUGAUGGAGAAGUUAGCAACUGGUGUUUUUAGGCCUCGUCUGGACGAACCCAUCCCGCCGUACGAGGCCAAAGUCUCCAUGGAAGGUGUUCAGAAAAAGCAAGGAAGAAAAAAGCAAGUUGUUCAGUUUUAAUUUUAUCUCCCAGAUCUCAGUUGAAUGAACCCAUUCCAGUAUUUGAAGCCAGAGUUUCCUUGGAAAUUGUUCAGAAAAGUCAAGGAAGAUAAAAGCAAGUUGUUCCCUUUUUAAGCAUGUUUUCCUGCUAUCUGAGACGAGAUGGUUAUUUUAAAUACCUGAAACGUAUUUGAAAAGUUAAUGUACAAACAGCCAAGACAAGUCUGUAAUUAACACCUGAAGGGAAUAUUCUGGAA